AUGGAGGAUGUGACUGUCAAAUCAAAAAAGAAAAACAAAACGGGACCGCUUAAAUCGUCUCCCGGUUUUUUAAAAUGCAUGAGAAAUGUUUAUUUAUAUUUUAAAGAAGAAAAAGAAAAGGGGGCUUUAAAUAUACCGAUAAAUAGUUUCAUAGAACGGACUGCUGUAGCGUGUGGUGUAGGCAGGAAGACGCUUUAUAACUACGCUAAAAAAGUACAAAAUAAUAAUAAUAAUAAUGCUGGACCAUCAUCGUCACCUAUAAAUAAUAAUAAUAAUAAGAAAAAAAGUCCAACACUUUUUAAAAUAUCUAAAAAUGCUGUCGUUCAAGCUUAUGCUAGGCCUGUAAAUCAAAAUGAAAAUUUAAAUUUACCAAAUGCUAAUACAAGCGAUUCUAACGGGUUUUCACAUCAUUUUAUGAUAUCAAGAGAUCAGAAAACUAUCCAACAAGUUCAAAUAGUGCCGCAGACAAAAGUCGAAGAAACGACACAUGUUUUAACAGGGCCCUGGACUGGGGGAACAUCGACAAUUAAAAAAGAAGUUGAUUAUUUUUCAAAAAAUAAUACAUGGCAUGCCGUUUACAAUUUACACACAACAGUAAAAAUAUUUUCUUUGUUAAGCCCCAUUAUUAAAGGUUUCGAUGAUUGCAUACAAAAUUUGAACUUGUCUGGUCGACAAGGUGUGGUCAUGGUAUAA